AUGACUUCUGAAGAAAUGGCAGCUUCUGUUCUCACACCUGUGACUCAAAGAAAGGUGACAUCGUCUCCGUCGGCUUUAGAUGAAAGUAGUGAAAAGGUCUCAGACGUCAGUGUUCCGAAGGCACAUAGUGUCAGGCAGAGUGGUCAGACUUCCACCAUCUCACGACUGAAAAAGCUUAAAGAAGAAUCCUCUGGAAGCAACUUGCCCGAGAUUGUCUCCAUAGCAAGGGAGAAGAUAAUGAGUGAUGAGAACAGCAAUGAGAAGUACUGGGAGGAAAGCAUGCCAGAUUCUGUGAAAAACCUCAAUAUUAACUGCAACAAUGUACUGAAAAACAGCCAGUGCAGCCUUCCUCAGAGCCAGUGUUAUGACACGUGCGAUUCUGUCAUGGAGGAAGGCCUGUGUUUGGAAACUGGAAUCCCAUCCUCACUGGAAAGAAAGGUGUUCCCUGGAAUUCAACUGGAAGUGGACGGGCCUCCCAUGGACAUUAGUCCCUUAGGAAAUCAGUCGGCCAUCAUAGAGAGCGGCCGGGCACACCCUGACAGCGGCAUGGCAGCAUUUCACUUUCAUUAUGAAGUCGACAGAAGAAUGUCAGACACUUUCUGUACCUUGUCAGACAACCUGAUUUUGGAUGAUUGUGGUAACUGUGUACCACUGCCUGGUGUUCGUGGGGAGCGACAGAAAAAUUAUAUGGCAUAUACUUGUAAACUCAUGGAAUUGGCAGAAAACUGUGAUAAUAAGAAUGGGCAGCUGCAGUGUGAUCAUUGUGAUGCCUUAAACGACAGAUACUUGUGCUUCGAAGCUUCUUGCCAAAGGGCUGAUGCGGUAUGUUCAAGUGACAGCUUUUGCAGGGAGGACUUUACUAACAGUCCACCUGCCAAGACCUUUCUGAGCCAUUUUGAGGACUUCCCUGAUAAUUGUGAAGAUGUAGAAGAAGAUUUUUUUAAGAGCAAAAAGGAGAGGUCCACUUUGUUAGUGAGAAGAUUUUGUAAAAAUGACAGGGAAGUAAAGAAAUCUGUAUAUACUGGGACAAGGGCCAUCAUGAGAACUCUGCCUUCUGGUCGCAUUGGGCUGGGAGCUUACAGUUACAUUGAUCAGAAGAGAAGUGGUCUCCUGCUGCCCUGUGGGAGAGUUCUGGAACGGUGGUCAGCGGUGGCAGUUAGGGAAGAUGGGACCUGGUGCCUGUCAGAAGCUCAGUGGUAUUCGAUCUACAAUGCAGUGAGAAGGAGAGAAGAAAUAGAAAAUACAAUUGGAUCUCUUCUUCAUUUCUUCACAAAGCUCCCAGCCUCCGAAACAGCCCAUGAAAAGAUUAGGGUUGGUCCGUGCUUAAAGCAAUGUGUCCGAGAUACCAUAUGUGAGUACCGUGCCACCCUCCAGAGGACGUCCAUAUCUCAGUACAUCGCGGGUUCUCUGCUAGAAGCAACCACAUCUUUAGGAGCAAGAAGUGGCCUACUCAGUACCUUUGGAGGAUCCACCGGACGAAUGAUGCUAAAAGAACGUCAGCCAGGCACCUCCAUGGCCAAUUCUAGUGCCCUCCCUUCAAGUUCAGCUGGGAUCAGCAAGGAGCUGAUUGAUCUGCAGCCCCUCAUUCAGUUCCCAGAGGAAGUCGCCAGCAUCCUGAUGGAGCAGGAGCAGAACAUUUACCGAAGGGUCUUGCCAGUUGACUACCUUUGCUUCUUGACCCGGGACUUGGGCUCUCCAGAAUGCCAGACAUCCCUGCCCUGCCUCAAAGCGUCCAUCUCAGCAUCAAUUCUUAACUCCCAGAACGGAGAACACAAUGCCCUGGAAGAUCUUGUGAUGAGAUUUAAUGAGGUGAGCUCCUGGGUAACGUGGCUGAUCCUCACGGCGGGCUCCAUGGAGGAGAAGCGAGAAGUCUUCUCCUAUUUAGUGCACGUGGCCAAAUGCUGCUGGAACAUGGGCAACUACAAUGCUGUCAUGGAGUUCUUGGCCGGCCUCAGGUCAAGAAAAGUUUUAAAAAUGUGGCAGUUUAUGGACCAGUCUGACCUAGAGACCAUGAGGAGCCUGAAGGAUGCCAUGGCUCAGCACGAAUCUUCCUGCGAGUACAAGAAGGUGGUCACGCGGGCUCUGCACAUACCUGGCUGUAAGGUGGUUCCGUUCUGUGGGGUGUUUCUGAAGGAGCUCUGUGAAGUACUGGACGGAGCCUCCGGCCUCAUGAAGCUUUGCCCGAGGUACAAUUCCCAAGAAGAAACUCUAGAGUUUGUAGCCGAUUACAGUGGACAAGAUAAUUUCUUACAACGAGUGGGACAUAAUGGCUUAAAGAAUUUGGAGAAGGAGUCCACAGUCAACAGCAUCUUUCAGAUCAUCAGGAGCUGCAGCCGAAGUCUGGAGGCCGAGGAGGAGGACAGCCCCAGUGAAGGAAACAGCUCCAGGAAAAAUUCCUUAAGGGAUAAAGCCCGAUGGCAGUUUAUCAUUGGAGACCUGUUAGAUUCUGAAAAUGACAUCUUUGAGAAAUCCAAAGAAUGGGACGCUCACGGAUCAGAAGAGCCACAGAAGGCCUUUGACCAUGGGACAGAGCUAAUCCCAUGGUACGUGCUGUCCAUCCGAGCCGAUGUGCACCAGUUCCUGCUGCAGGGGGCCACUGUCAUCCACUACGACCAGGACACGCACCUCUCUGCCCGAUGCUUCCUCCAGCUUCAGCCUGACAACAGCACCUUGACCUGGACAAAGCCCACCACUGCUUCCCUGGCCAGUGCUAAAGCAAAACUCGGUGUGCUUAGUAACACGUCUGAGCCUGGCAAAUUCCCGUUACUGGGCAAUGCUGGACUAAGUGGCCUGGCAGAGGGGGUCUUGGAUCUGUUCUCAGCAAAAGCUGUGUACAUGGGACACCCUAGCAUCGAUAUACACACUGUGUGUGUUCAGAACAAACUGGGUAGCAUGUUUCUCUCAGAGACUGGCGUGACGCUGCUCUAUGGGCUCCAGACCACGGACAAUAGAUUAUUGCACUUUGUGGCACCCAGGCACACAGCUAAGAUGCUCUUCAGUGGAUUGCUGGAACUCACGAGAGCCGUGAGGAAGAUGAGGAAGUUCCCUGACCAGAGGCAGCAGUGGCUGCGGAAACAGUACGUCAGCCUCUAUCAGGAAGAUGGACGGUACGAAGGCCCAACUUUGGCUCACGCCGUGGAGUUGUUUGGUGGCAGGCGGUGGAGUACACGAAACCCCAGCCCCGGGACAUCAGCAAAGAGUGCCGAGAAGCCCAAUGUGCAGAGAAACAACACCUUGGGCAUAAGCACUACCAAGAAAAAGAAGAAAAUCCUUAUAAGGGGUGAGAGCGGAGAGGCAGCCGACGAUGAGAUGGCCACCCGAAAAGCCAAAAUGCACAGAGAGUGUCGCAGCCGGAGUGGUUCUGACCCUCAAGACAUGAAUGAACAAGAAGAAUCAGAGGCAAAUGCCAUCAUGAGCCCUCCUAACACUCUGCCUUCCAGAAGAGCCCACUCUUUGACCACGGCUGGGUCCCCUAACUUGUCUGCCGGGACAUCAUCUCCCAACAGGCCAGUGUCUUCCCCUGUGCUGUCUUCUUCAAACAAGAGCCCGUCCAGUGCUUGGAGCAGCAGCAGCUGGCACGGGCGGAUCAAAGGCGGAAUGAAAGGUUUCCAGAGCUUCAUGGUUUCAGACAGUAACAUGAGCUUUGUUGAAUUCGUUGAGCUGUUCAAAUCAUUCAGCGUGAGGAGCCGCAAGGACCUGAAGGACCUCUUCGACGUCUACGCCGUGCCCUGCAACCGAGCCGGCUCCGAGUCGGUGCCACUCUACACCAACCUAACAAUUGACGAAAACACCAGCGAUCUUCAGCCUGACCUAGACUUAUUGACCAGAAACGUCUCGGAUUUGGGGUUGUUCAUUAAGAGUAAACAGCAGCUGUCAGACAACCAGAGGCAGAUAUCUGAUGCCAUUGCUGCUGCAAGUAUCGUGACAAACGGCACUGGGGUCGAGAGCACAUCCUUGGGCGUGUUUGGGGUUGGCAUCCUCCAGCUCAAUGACUUCCUAGUGAACUGCCAAGGAGAACACUGCACUUAUGAUGAAAUCCUCAGCAUCAUCCAGAAGUUCGAGCCUAGCGUUAGUAUGUGUCAUCAGGGCCUACUGUCAUUUGAAGGAUUUGCAAGGUUUCUGAUGGAUAAAGAUAAUUUUGCCUCCAAAAAUGAUGAGUCACAGGAAAACAUUAAAGAACUACAGCUGCCUCUCUCCUACUAUUACAUUGAAUCUUCACACAAUACCUACCUCACAGGCCACCAGCUCAAAGGAGAGUCCUCAGUAGAACUCUACAGCCAGGUCCUCCUGCAAGGCUGUAGGAGCAUAGAGCUGGAUUGUUGGGAUGGAGACGACGGGUUGCCCAUCAUCUAUCAUGGACACACGCUGACAACCAAGAUCCCCUUCAAGGAGGUGGUUGAAGCCAUUGAACGCAGUGCCUUUGUCAACUCUGACCUGCCCAUCAUCAUAUCGAUUGAGAACCACUGCUCAUUGCCUCAGCAACGAAAAAUGGCAGAAAUUUUCAAGAGUGUGUUUGGAGAAAAACUGGUGGCUAAGUUCCUGUUUGAGAGUGAUUUCUCAGAUGACCCAAUGCUUCCCUCACCCGACCAACUUAGGAGGAAAGUGCUCCUUAAAAAUAAGAAGCUAAAAGCCCACCAAACACCAGUGGAUAUCUUAAAGCAAAAGGCUCAUCAGUUAGCAUCCAUGCAAGCUCAGGCUUACAAUGGUGGGAAUGCCAACCCCCCACCGGCUAAUAACGAGGAAGAGGAGGAUGAAGAAGACGAAUAUGAUUACGACUAUGAAUCCCUGUCUGAUGACAACAUUCUAGAAGACAGACCUGAAAAUAAAUCAUGUAAUGACAAGCUUCAGUUUGAGUAUAAUGAAGAAAUCCCCAAGAGGAUAAAGAAAGCAGAUAACUCUGCUUGCAACAAAGGAAAGGUUUAUGACAUGGAACUGGGAGAAGAAUUUUAUCUCCCUCAGAAUAAAAAGGAAAGCAGACAGAUUGCACCAGAGCUCUCUGACCUUGUCAUCUAUUGUCAAGCAGUAAAAUUUCCAGGCCUGUCAACUCUAAAUGCAUCUGGCUCUAGCAGAGGAAAAGAAAGGAAAAGCAGGAAGUCCAUUUUUGGCAACAAUCCGGGCAGAAUGAGCCCUGGGGAGACAGCAUCGUUUAACAAAGCAUCUGGAAAAAGUUCCUGUGAAGGAAUGCGACAGGCCUGGGAGGAAUCUUCUUCCCCCCUCAACCCAACCACAUCCCUCAGCGCUAUCAUUAGAACUCCCAAAUGUUACCAUAUCUCCUCGCUGAAUGAAAAUGCCGCCAAACGUCUGUGUCGCAGGUAUUCUCAGAAACUGAUCCAGCACACCGCCUGUCAGCUGCUGAGGACUUACCCGGCUGCCACUCGCAUCGACUCCUCCAACCCCAAUCCCCUCAUGUUCUGGCUCCAUGGGAUACAGCUCGUGGCGCUCAACUACCAGACAGAUGAUCUCCCUUUACAUUUAAAUGCUGCCAUGUUUGAAGCCAACGGUGGGUGUGGUUAUGUUUUGAAACCCCCAGUUCUGUGGGACAAGAACUGUCCCAUGUAUCAGAAGUUCUCUCCCUUAGAAAGAGAUCUGGACAACAUGGAGCCUGCCAUCUACUCCUUAACUAUUGUCUCUGGUCAAAACGUGUGCCCGAGUAGCAGCACAGGAAGCCCGUGUAUCGAAGUCGACGUGCUGGGCAUGCCCCUGGACAGCUGCCAUUUCCGCACAAAGCCCAUCCACCGGAACACUCUGAACCCCAUGUGGAAUGAACAGUUUCUCUUCCGGGUUCACUUUGAAGAUCUCGUAUUUCUUCGUUUUGCCGUUGUGGAAAACAACAGCUCAGCUGUAACUGCUCAGAGAAUCAUCCCACUCAAGGCUUUAAAACGAGGAUAUCGACAUCUUCAGCUGCGAAAUCUCCACAACGAAGUCUUGGAAAUCUCUAGUUUAUUCAUAAACAGUAGGAGGAUGGAAGAAAAUUCCUCCAGCAGCACCACGCCGGCCUCUUUGAUGUUUAAUUCAGAAGAAAGAAAAUGUUUGCAGGCUCACAGAGUCACGGUGCAUGGGGUCCCAGGUCCAGAGCCCUUUACUGUUUUCUCCAUAAGUGGAGGCACCAAAGCAAAGCAGCUUCUCCAACAAAUUCUGACCACUGAACAAGACACCAAACCUAUCAUCACAGACUAUUUUUUGAUGGAAGAAAAAUAUUUUAUAUCUAAAGAAAAGAAUGAAUGCAGGAAACAACCGUUCCAGAGAGUCAUUGGUCCAGAGGAAGAGAUUAUGCAGAUUUUAAGCAGCUGGUUUCCAGAGGAAGGAUAUGUUGGCAGGAUUGUCUUAAAAACCCAGCAGGAAAACCUAGAAGAGAAAAGCAUUGUUCAAGAUGACAAAGAGGUGACCUUGAGCUCAGAGGAGGAGAGUUUCUUUGUUCAAGUGCACGAUGUUUCUCCAGAGCAACCUCGAACGGUCAUCAAAGCACCCCGUGUCAGCACCGCACAGGACGUCAUUCAGCAGACCUUGUGCAAAGCAAAGUAUUCCUACAGCAUCCUGAGCAAUCCCAACCCAAGUGACUAUGUGCUUUUGGAAGAGGUGGUAAAAGACACGACCAAGAAGUCUUCCACCCCAAAGUGCUCCCAGCGGGUCCUUUUGGAUCAGGAGUGUGUGUUUCAAGCCCAAAGCAAGUGGAAAGGGGCAGGAAAAUUCAUCCUUAAGCUAAAGGAGCAGGUGCAGGCAUCCCGAGAAGACAAAAGGAAAGGCAUUUCUUUUGCAAGUGAAUUUAAGAAGUUCACCAAGUCAACUAAACAACCCCGAGGACUCGCAUCACCUUCUCAGGUCUUGGCCUCAGAAGGUGUCCAAAACAAGGAGGAGAAACCUAUGGGCAGCUUGUCCUCCAGUGACACCAUGGACUAUCGACAAUAA